UCUCUCGGUCUCUGGCUCCAGAUCUCACCCUUCCGAGGCUGGAGCCUGGAUCUUGUGAAGUAGGCCAGCUGCUGUGACUCUCCCAGGGCCCACCUCCAGGACAGAGUGCCCUGCUGUCUCCGGCUCACCAGGGGUUUCUAAUAGUGGAAGAGAGCUGGGCAUGGUGGUUCAAGAGGGCUGAGGCGGUAUUGCUCUGAAUUCAAGGCCAGCCUAUGCUGCAUGGCCAGCCCGGGAGGUCAGCAGGGACUACAGAGAAGACGCUGUCUCAGAACAUAAGAAGAAGCUGACAAGUCACUCAGGAGCCAGGCUCAUGAGAGCAGCUGCUAUGGGUAUGUCUACCCACAGAGACCCCUUACUGCCCCGCUGUUCACAGGUGACACCCGUUGGCACGUCUCUGUUGUGAUGCUUAACACUUAAGUGGGACAUGGCAAGCAAGUCAGGGCCCUCCCCAACUCCCACCUACACACAGGCUGUAACCUAAGAGGAGUUGGUUGCUGGACAAACAUACCUUAUAAGAGGCAGUCCCCUCCAGACUUCAUUUGGGUGUUUCCCAUGGCUGGGGCCCUUGCAGGCAGUGUCAGGCUCUGGAUCCGCAGUGCUGCAGCAAGGCCGCUCUCUCCAUUCAUUUCCAGAAGGGGGUCUUCACUGAGCUCUCAGCUACUUCCGAGAGGCUCAGCAGGGCUGGCCUGUGCUCACCCCCUGGCUGCCAGCUCAGCCUACCACUUGUUGGGCAGUUGCUCACUGUCCUGAGCUGAAGUGGUGCUCCUACAGGCCCAGGCCUGUGUUAUGACUGACCACAGUGACACAGUCAUGUCACAUGGAGGGCAUGAUCUCUGGGUGCCCAGGAAACUCAGGAGGCAGCUCCAAGCCAGUCACAGCAGGCCCUGACCUCAGCAGCAGCCCUGCACUUGGCCUGCUUCCUGAGUUCUCUGUUGCAUCCGUGAAGGCCCCAGGGUAACGCCAGUCAGUCUCAAAACUACAGGACCCGAAAACCUGUGGGGGUUGGGGAAAGCGAAGGAGGAAUGGAAGGUUGGGAAGCCAUUAGUCCACUGUGGUCACGUUGCACAUCUUGGCAAGGGGUACAGGGCUGUGGUCUGCUUCCUGGACAGCAUAGGCAGUAAUAGAUCUUUGAGCUCACCAGUUAAGUGUGGACUCAUUAGCCCCUGUACACUGUGGUAUCUGGUCUCAACCCUCAAGAGGCCUGGGGGAUGGGGAGUAUACUGGUCUUUGGUCCUUUGUUGGGGAUUGUUUACGUACCCUUUAUCUCUCCCCACCCCUUUUCACCCCCUAACGCUAGAUAGGAGAGAAACAAGGACAGAGGGGAGAUACCUGAAUCUAGUUUCUUUCCUCUUGUCUCCUCUUUGAGCAGACUUACAAACCUCAGCCAACCCCGUCAUCAAUCACCAACUCUUGGAGGCCCUAGCAUUUAUAUACACUCUGAAAAGUUCCCAGAGUUCCAAGCGUCUCACACCCUCGAAGGAACUAUCUGCAGCUGGCAAAACCAGGCCUCUGCUAGAGCACGGCCAAUCAUAGCGGCUGUGGAUAAUCUGAGGCAGCCCACAUCCCCACACCUGGGAUUAAAACGCAAGCACAUUCUUAACAAUAUUUCUGUGUAAUUUGAAGAAAUCAAAAGUCCACGAUUGCCACUACAGGAAAGGAAGAGCCACACCUAACUGCCCCUGCUGCUGCUGGGAGCAGAAGCAAAAGGGCAGGAAGGGAUCGCUUUCCUGUGUCCCACAUGACUAGCCACUGUCCUUUUUGAGGACAUGGUUCCCACUUCCUGCCCCAGGGAAAGCAGUCCCCCAGUGGAGAGAGCAAAAGGAGGAGGUGUCUCCUUACCAUUCUCACACACCUUCCUAGGUGUCCACUAUCUUCACAACAUCCCACUUCAUGAUAAAGUUCAGCCCAUAGCUUCUCCUUCCCGGCCUGCAGAACUCCUGAUUCCUUUGAUGCUGUCCACAGAAGCCCUGAGGCUACCAUGGGACAUGACAGACAUCUCCCGUGCCCAGAAGAGCCUACAACCUUCUCAGCUCUGAAUCUGGGCUUUGAGGGUCAUCACCCGCUCAAGCUGAAGUACCACCUCAUUCUUGCCCCCAAAUUGGCCUUGUCAUCUUCAGGUGACUCUACAUCUAGGACUGGCAGGAGAGCCAUCAGAGUCAAUGAGGAUAGGAAACCCAGAACAAGGCAGAUGUCAACAGACCCAUUUCCAGGUGAGGCAGUCUUAGAUCACAAAGCAGCCAACCGUUGCCUUGUAUUGUCUGGAGGGGAAAAAUAAUCUCCCUGGAGACAAGUAGCUGGAAUCUGCAAUGCUAACUCGUGGCCCCUGAGAGCGAGUAUCACACACAGACCUAUUACCACAUAGUCAUUUGUGAAGCUUGCCAGAGGGAGGGACAGGCUGCCCAGGCAGAAAGCAUCGUGUCUACAAUCAUAGAACUCCCGCCCUUAGGCGUGCCUCACCCUCCAUAGGCUGCAGAUUCAGCAAGCUAAGGGUUUUUGUUUUUCCCCCACCAUGGACUACUCUAGGAACAGCAGGAGGCCACCUAGAACUCUAUAACUCUCCCUCCCACUCAACCAUCCUCCCCCAGCCCAUACUACCGUGCCCUACCUCAUCUAAGGUGUCAGAAACCUGGGCUGGUGGCAACAUGCCUGUAGUUUCAAGUUAUGCAACAGCACCGGAAGCUAGCAUCCUGCUUCCUAGAAAGCAAGCACCCUUGUCACAGGCUCCUGGACCUUCUUCUUAGGAAAGGGUCAUGUGGCCAACCAGAGGCAAAAGCCAGAGCAAGGUGGUCUUCAGCCUUGGGCCUCUGAGGAACUGGCCAGUGAUCCCUGGGUCUUAGGGAUCUAUGUGUUCCCCCCAGCACCAGAACCGACUGUGUGUGAUUUUAAGUCUUUAGCACUGUAUGCCUCAGAGCCUCACUUCUGAACCAACCAACCAGUGCCUAGCCACACUUCAUCCAUCCAUCACCCUAUUCAGCUGCAGGAGGCUUGCCUUCCCAGAAUCCUUCACGCAAUGUGUGUGGUAUGUGGUAUCCCCUGCUUAGCGCAGGAAUCCCUCCUUUCCCAAUUUGAGCUCACGAGGCCUUGUUCCCAUCAGAAGAAGGGAUUUUGGAGGCCCUAUUUCAAGCUCGUAUGGGGGGCAGGGUACAGAGUGGAGCCUUCCUACUCAGCUCGCCUGGAAACCAAGGCCGCCUGCAGAGGACCCAGAAACUCAGCUGACGAUCUGAUGUCAGGAGGAAGUUGAGAAAGGUUUCCUGUAUAUGAAAUACUGGGGCGGGCCAGGCCUGUGUGAGGGACAGUAACACAGUCUGUCCUGUUGGGCCCUGUUCUGCAAGAUGUCAGCCCUCUCUGCCCUCUUUGGGAACACUCAAAACACUGGAGAAAAAGGCUUCAUCUACACAUGAUAGGUGUCAAGGCCCAGAGCAGUUCAAGGACUCCCUACAAAGGCCAAAGGCUAUUUCCAACUGAAAUCGCUUGAUAGCAAAAAUGUCUUCCAUAUAUCAAAGACCCUCUCCAACGGCCCUUGCUCUCAGUGUCGGCCCAAGGAAGUGGGAAGGUUGACCUACUUCAUCCUCAUCCUGAGCUUUUCCUCAGGUAAGAGCAGGGGGAAGAUAGACUGGUGGAGGCUGUUUGCAGAUCACACUUCCCUUAACCAAUCCACAGUUCUGGACUUCAGAAACCCUGGGAAACCACAGGGAAGUCUGUGUGCCUGGGAGGGUGAGAGCAGGAGCAGGGACGGCAGUGUGCCCCAUGAGCUCUCAGCCAUGCGCCGGGAAGCUGAAGGCUGUGAUGGGUUCAUCCACACGUCUGCUGUGUUUCUACAGGGCAGACGAAGCCUGCUGCUCCAAUGUUUUCAGGAUAUCACCUGUGCAAGCAUCAUGGGCCUCUGGAAUGGCGCACCCCAGAGUGUUUCUCAGGGAGAACACCAGAAACAGGUUUGGAGGCCAGAAGACCAGUAUGGAGAAGCUAAUGGUUCCUGCUCUGCCUGUGAGGAGCUGGUGGGAUCCUGCCACCUGCCAGAUAAGGAGGCCUCUUCCAAUCCCAGUGACCCUCUGCAGCCUUGGGACAGUACCUCGGCCAUUGCCUGCGUCUCCCUGCCUCUUCUGCCCCAUCAUGGAGAAACUCUGGGAACCUCUGGACCAGAACCCCAGGAAACCAGCUUGGUGGGCCCUCGGGCUGGCCAGGCCCCUAGUGUGACUCUCAAAGACAGCUUCAAUCUGCCCCCGGUGUUGGUGCUGCCCACACGAUGGCCCCCAAUCCUGGGCUCAGACGGAGCUCUAGAUGAACACCUCAGGGCUGAGGGAACAUCUCGGGUCCCAGGUAGUUUUGAAUGCAUCCACUGCCAUCGGCCAUAUCAGACUCUGGCUGGCCUGGCCAGGCACCAGCAGCUGCACUGCCACCUGCCGACUGGGUGUGCCUUCACCUGCAGGUACUGUGACAAGGAGUAUGCCAGCCUGGGUGCCCUCAAGAUGCAUAUCCGCACCCACACGUUGCCCUGCGUCUGUAAGGUGUGUGGCAAGGCCUUCUCGAGGCCCUGGCUGCUCCAGGGCCACAUCCGCACCCAUACAGGUGAGAAGCCUUAUACCUGUUCUCACUGCAGCAGGGCCUUUGCUGACCGCUCCAACCUGAGGGCUCAUCUGCAGACUCACGCUGGUACCAAGAAGUACAGGUGCGCCUUGUGCCCCAAGGCCUUCUCCCGAAUGUCUCUCUUGGUGAGGCACGAGGAUGCCGGCUGCUGUCCUGGCCCCUAAGGGGACACAGCAGGGUGGAUGGGCCAAGCCUGACAAUACUCUCAGUGGUGCUGUCACCCAGGACAGGGCCCAGAUCACUGUUGCUUGUGUCCUGCCAGAGCAAAGCCCAGUGGGGCCUUCGGGCAGCUUUCCCUGAGGCCUGUGUUCAGAGGAGACUUAUCACCACAAGUCUCACCAAAAUAAGAACCAACUGUUCCCGUUUUCAGUUCUGCCUGUCUGCUGGACCUGUUUCAAAAAGGAGCAUCUAUUGGGAAAUAGCUAACAUUGGGCAAAAACCACCAUGACGCCAAUGAACCUGGCCACCUGGGUGCCUUUGUGUGCAACUUGAAAUGACGGUUUUUACUUGAGAGCACAGUGUGUGUAUAACCUUGAAAAACACAGCUACCUCUCAGCCAGUCUCAGUACCUUUACCUUGGGGUUGGAGACACAUUUCCUCCUGCCCCUUAUGUACACAUAUGUGUGUAUAUACACAAGUACACAUACACCCUGGCUCCUCCCCAUAAGAUGAGGCAGGGCCAGGGGGGAUUGGGUUGAAGCCAGGUACCACCUCACCUGUCCUCAGCACUUGUUGUCCAGCUUGGAGCUGGCCUCGAUGGCUGGUUAACGUCUCAGGAGAGCAGCUGUGGGUAAUAAAGAACCUCCACACUCAG